UAGUUUGUACUUGGCAUGGGAGAAGGAUUCGCAUUUCAUCGCAAAACACAAAGCGUUUAGUUGCAGUCUAACUGUGAACGAAAUCGUAUCGUAAUAUUCAGGCGCAGUGGAAAUAAUCUCAACAGUGUUAUAUAAACAUAUUUAAGUAUAUGGGAAAAAAAUGGAGUCUACCCUAAAAUCGGCACAAUACCCGCCACCUUAUAAUAAACUCAAUAACAUGUGUCCCGAAAUGGAAACAUUCGAUCCAGUGCCAACCCAUGGCCAUGCUCCCACCACAUCGAGUGUAGCGCAAGUGUCACCACCAAUGAUUAACAUUCAUAACAUUGGAACGGAAACCAAUCAGCCCAUUGGGCCAAAACCCGUAAUAAUGACUUGUCCUCAGUGUCGAUGCCGCAACAAGACCCGUACUAAGCGUAGAGCAACAUUGAAAACUCAUUUGGCUUGCAUUCUACUGACAUGUUGUGGCUGCUGUUGCAUUCCCUAUUGUUUGGAUUCGUGUACCAAUUUGGAUCAUUUCUGUCCAACAUGUGAUGCAUUUGUGGGCACCUUUUCCAAAUAAUAGCAUUUGUGUGUGUGUGGGGUUGAAGGAUUUUCCUGCAAAUUACCAACAAAUCAAUUCAAAUAUACAUAUUCAUAUUCUGUGUAUUUGUUUUUUUUU